UUAUUUUGACGUUGCUGUUAAGUAAGCUUCGAGCAACUGCUGGUAGUAAUCUUGUCGCAGUGAAGCCUAAUUAAAACAGAACGACUUGCGUCGAGUAUUCGUCAAGAUUUUUCGAAAAAAAGUCUUCAUAGCUUCACGGAAUAAUGAUUGCCUUAGUGAAACUGUCACUGCAAUUGUUUUGGAUCGUAAUGGAAGACAUUAUGAAUUUUACUACCACGGCAUUAAAGGUUGUUCCAGUUUUUAGGCAGCUGAUUCCUAUUGAAAAGAAGAGAGUGAUAUACUAUUCCAGGAGAAAGGGAUUGGAGUGUGUCGCACCAUUGUUCACAUCUGUUGAGGAAACUCCAAAACCCAUAGUGGCAAAGACCAAAGGGAACAUCCCAAAAUGGUUACAGGGAAGUCUGCUGAGAAAUGGGCCCGGAAAAUACGAGUUUGGAAAUGACAGAUAUAAUCACCUUUUUGACAGCCUGGCCUUGAUGCAUCAAUUCAGAUUUGAUGAUGGUAUUGUUACCUACAUGAGCAAGUUUCUACGCAGUGACGCAUACCGUAUCAACAGUGAAUACAACCGAAUCAUGGUAUCGGAAUUUGGAACUGUAGCAAUGCCUGACCCUUGCAAAAACAUUUUUGAACGCUUCACUAGUCGAUUUGAAAAAGUUGAUGCAACAGAUAAUGGUUCUGUGAACUUCGCACUGUAUAAGGGAGAUUACUAUGCAACCACAGAAACUAAUUUUAUCUAUAAAGUGAAUCCUAAUACUCUUGAAACUGGAGAAAAGAUAAAUUUGACCAAAUUUGUUGCAGUGAAUGGAGCCACAGCCCAUCCACAUUAUGAUCCCGAUGGGACAACCUACAACAUGGGCAACUCCUAUGGUAGAAAUGGUACGAUGUAUAAUAUCAUUGCAGUUCCUCCACAACUGUCAGAUGAUGAAGAGACGCUUCGAGGAGCCAGGAUAGUUUGCAACUUUAAACCAGAGGACAGCACAAGGCCUUCUUAUUACCACAGCUUUGGAAUGACCAAAAACUACAUCAUAUUUAUUGAGCAACCUCUAAAAAUAAAUAUAAUGAAAAUUCUCACCUCCCGGCUCAGAGGUAAAAGUUUCGACUGUUCAAUAAGUUGGGAGCCAGAACUCAACACCAUUAUCCAUGUAGCUAAUAAACACACCGGAGAGGUGAAUCCCUUCAAAUAUUACACCGAAGCCUUCUGCUUGUUUCAUCAUAUCAAUGCCUUUGAGGAUAAUGGCUUUAUUGUACUUGAUUACUGCCGUUUUGAAAGUGGGAAAUUUCUGAACAAAAUAACUCUGCAAAACCUGCGGCAAAGUGGCGAAGAAUUGGAUGAGUUUUACAAUACAAUUCCAAAAGGAUUGCCGUACAGGCUUGUUUUGCCUUUGAACAUUAACUCCAACAGAUCGACUGAAGAGAACCUCAACACUUUAACAUACAGCAGCGCACUUGCCUUCCGAAAGGCAGAAGGAAAGAUUUGGUGUGAGUCUGAGAAGCUCUAUGAUGAUGAUUUUCUGGAUGAAGGUGGAAUGGAAUUUCCACAAGUUAACUAUGCAAAGUGCAGCGCCAGAAAAUACAAAUACUUUUAUGCAUGUGGAUCCAACCAUGUCAUACCGAACUCUCUAAUAAAGAUGGACGUGGAUACAAAGAAAUAUAAGAUCUGGAGUGAGGAAGGCUACUACCCAUCAGAACCAAUCUUUGUGCCAUCUCCUAAUGGAACAGAUGAGGAUGAUGGAGUUAUUUUGAGUGUAGCUAUUUCACCGGAUCAGAGCAAGGGUAGCAUGUUGCUUGUGCUGGAUGCUAAGACCUUCACUGAAAUGGGGAGAGCAGAAGUGCCUGUUCAAAUGACAUUUGGAUUUCAUGGUGUCUUUGCAAAGCAUUAGUUUAUUGAAUCAAGUCUAUGGUUUGCACCGCUCUGCUAUAUUACCUGUAAUCACUAGUAAUCGAAUAUAUUUUAACCAAAAGCUUACUAAUUUUAUAUUAACAAAUAAUAGUAGAUAAAUUUAGCGUGACAGUUUCCAGUUGAACAACUCAAUAUGUGUCAUAUUGGACAAAGAAUGUUCUCAGUCCCAAUGCGGGCAAAGGCCUUAGUUGGAGUUCAAGUUUAACAAUUCCCAUUUACAGUGGGUAGAUUAAAAAGAUCAGAUAAACCUAAAAUGCUGCGCUAUAGAUGAAGCCAAAGAAAAAACUUGAUCUUUUGUCUUCACUGUUCUGAUAGAUAGUCACUGGAUAGUAUUAUGAUGCAGAGAGUAGAUUGAUCCACACCACCCAAGCCCAUAUUGAUUCAGUUAAAGAGUGGGUAAUUUCCCAACUAAAACCUGGAACCUAUCAUUGUUGAUUAAUUUAAUGCAAAUUAAAUAGAUUUUUGGAAGUAAAUAUGAUUUUGGAAUUUAGUAUAGGAGCAGUUUGAAACAUGCCUUGGUGAGUCUAGUGAUCUUGGGAAGAAACAGUGGAUUUGGGCCAUUAGUUUCCUGUAUUGUUUCUGGAUCUACUGCAGAGUAAUUGAUAAACACUGAUUAGUCAAUAUUGACACAUGCUGCUAUGAGUGUAGGUGAAGGCUAAUUAACAGAAUUUAGUCUAGUUCCCACCUUUCUGAAGAAGACAGAGAGAAAGAAUUUCUGUUACUUGGAAAGUUAGGAGGAUGACACAAGAUCAAAGAAGUUAGACCAAGGUAGUUCAAAAAUGAAGUUGGAAAUUCUUCUAUUCACAAUGUGCGGUAAAGUUUGGGGAACUUAAGAACAUAUCAGUUGCUACUACAUAAACCAUUAAAUGAAAAAUCUAUCAAUUGAUAAAUUUUAGUUAAAGAAAGGAGUCAAGGAAUAUAGGAAGGGAUUAAGGCAGGAACAUGGCAUUACAUCAUGCUCGAAGGUUUGAGAUCUAUUAAACUGUAGUUGGAUAGGACUUGAAAAUGGUACCACUUAACUAUUUACUCUGUUAUUGGCAAUAAAGUGUUGGGAUUAUGCAAAACCUGGCACCAUCUACCCACACCAGGCUUCUUUAAUAAGAGCACAUUUCGUAUGGAGCUAAACCCUAAAAUAAGUCCCAAGUUUUGUCACUUUUUUUACAAAUUACUUGGCCAAUCCUGGGGCAGGAAUAGGAACUUUUCUGAUACUUUCAGCAUUUGGGAUACAGGUCCAUGCAGAUGAUGACAGUUUGCAAGUUGGAAAAGCAGCCACGAACCCAGUUCCCACACAACAAGAGAUGCAGCAGUCAGCAAAUCCAUCCUGUUCUCCCAAAUGCUCAUUCAUAUACACUUGCUGUAAAUAAAUUAGAUAUUCAGAAGCUGGGAGGACCUGUAAUAAGGAGCUUAUCAGUCCAUUCCCUUUCUCAAUCACGUUCUAGUGACAUCUAGUAAAGGACAGAAUGGAAACAGUUGGGUAAGAGUAGGAGAGUAAUUUAUCAUUUAAUUUGUGAUAGACCAAAACUGCAUUCAAAACUGUUAUCAGUCUUGUCAGCACCAAGUACAAUGAAGUUUUAUGCUAUCUAUCAAUGACUUAGAUGAUGGAAUAGAUGGCUUUGUUGCCAAGUUUGCAGAUGAUAUGAAGAUUGGUGAAGGGGCAGGUAGUGUUGAGGCAACAGGAAGGCUGCAGGACUUAGACAGAUUAGGAGAAUGGGCACGAAAGUGGCAAAUGACAUACAAUGUUGGAAAAUGCAUGGGCAUGCACUUUGGUAGAAGAAAUAAAUGUGCAGACUAUUUUCUAAACAGGGAGAAAAUCCAAAAGUCUGAGAUCAGGAUUAGAAUCAGAAUUAGGUUUAUUAUCACCGGCAUGUGUUGUGAAAUUUGUUAGAGGGACUUGAGAGUCCUUGUGCAGAACACCCUAAAGGUUAACUUGCAGGUUGAGCCAGUGGUAAGGAAGGCAAAUACAAUGUUAGCAUUCAUUUCAAGAGUUCUAAAAUAUAAGAGCAAAGAUGUGAUGCUGAGGCUUUAUAAUGCACUGGUGAGGCCUCACCUUGAGUAUUGUGAACAGUUUUAGGCUCCUUAUCUAAGAAAAGAUGUGCUGGCAUUGGAAAGGGUUCAGAGGAGGUUCACAAGGAUGAUUCUGGGAAUGAAAGGGUUAUCAUAUGAGGAACAUUUGAUGGCUCUGGGCCUGUACUCGCUGGAAUUUAGAAGGAUGAGGGGGGAUAUCAUUGAAUCUUUCGCAUUUUGAAAGGCCUAGACAGACUAGAUAUGGAAAGGAUGUUUCCUUUGGUGGGGGAGUCUGGGACAAGAGGGCACAGCCCCAGGAUAGAGGGUCGCCCAUUUAAACCAGAGAUGCAGAGAAAUUUCUUUAGCCAGAGAGUGGUGAAUUCGUGGAAUUUGUUACUACAGGCAGCUGUGGAGGUCAGGUCACUGUUGUGUGUCUUUAAGGGGGAGAUUGAUAGGUUCUUGAUUGGCUAUGGCAUCAAAGAUUAUGGGGAGAAGGCUGGGGAGUGGGGCUGAGGAGGGGAAAAAGGAUCGACCAUGAUUGAAUGGCAGAGCAGACACAAUGGGGCAAGUGGCCUAAUUCUGCCCCUAUGUCUUAUGGUAUUAUAGUCUAAGUUCUACUGGAAACUUCUGUUUCUAAAAAUAUGAAAGACUUUUCAACCAUCACGUAACCUCUUUAGUAAUAAGCAUUAUUAAAAAAGUAAUAAAUAUUUUAUAUUCGUUUGUGUACAAUAUUGAACUUGCAGCACUUGCAUACUGAUCUAUUAAUGAUUCUUUCUACUGCUGAAUAUAGAAAAUAGAAUUAAAAUGUUAUUCUUGACUUUCAUGCAAAAUUGUUGAUUCAAGAUUUUUUAUUCAAAAUCUAUGUUAAAAAAGAGCAUAUGAUUCACAAAUAAAAAUUUGCAGUUAAA